AUGUCCAAAUCCAUGGCCAUGCCAUCAUUGCCUGCAUUGCCAGCACCUGCGCCGGUGGCACCCUGGCAUAAGACGUCCCCUUUGCCAGCCCCGCCUUGGCGGUCUGCAACGCUACCAGCACCGCCUGCCAAGUCAUCAGCACCUUGGCAGGGCUUGGCAAAUCGGACCGCACCAAUCUCGCCAGCAGCUUCUCCCAAUGGGUUGACCAGCUUGGCAGACCGAGUGGCAGGCGUCCUGGGCCCCGCUGCGGGUUCGACGCCGCAGGCAGACGUGCUGCCGUUGGCCGAGUAUCGGAGUCGUUUGGUUACAAUUUACACAAUGCACAACCCGAGCAAUGUUGCCAAGAUCGAUUACUUGUUAAGCAAGUACAAAGGCCAAGAGCAGCUUUUGUACGACAGUGUUUGCCAAAAGUACCAAAUCUCAAGAAGCUGGGAUGGACGACAGCCUCUACUGCCUGGCUCCGCGAAUGUACAGCCUUCUGAGACGCAGCACAAAGAGCAGGCAGGCAUUGUUCUUUUGGGAUUGCCUUUCUUUCGAGUGCUCGAAGUUUUUGUCACCUUGAAUUUCGAGGAGGUUCUUCAUCAGCAACGAUUAUUGCACACGUAG